AUGCACGAUCAGCGUAAAGUGCGGGAGGAAUUGGAUGCCCACACGGCCUCUUGUCGUCUCGCAGAAGUCUCACAGUUCGCCGAAGAAUAUAAUCGUUUAUUACAACAACGACGUGGAGAGUCGACUGUUCACAAGGCAGAGUUAAUGCAGGAAAUCUCUGCACUGCUGCAUAAGGCCCCUCAUGCCUACACCAUGUAUAAUUACAGACGGGAAGUACUCCUGCGUCUCUUGAGUGAAGGGCGGGAGGAACAAGUGGCGAUAAGAACAACAACGGAAAAAGAAAAAAAAGAAAAAGAAACGACAAUGGAGAAAAAGAAAAUAGAUUGGCUUAAAGAGGAAUUAAAGUUUAGUGCCUCUGUUAUUCUUUGCGAUCACAAAGGCUACGCCGCGUUUCUACACCGAAAAUGGGUGUUUAUGCAAAUUCGUCAACUUGCCGAAGGUGUUCUCACCUCCACAAGAGAAGAUAGUGAGAAGAGAGAAAGUCAAUCAAGAUGUGGAAAGGAGUAUCCAGAGGAAGUUUGUUUCUGGGUCUCUGCACUACUAAAAGAAAAGAAACAAUGUGAGAAUUUACUGGCUGUAGAUGAGCGUAACUUUCAUGCGUGGAAUUACCGUCGAUGGGUACUGGAAGAGUUAAAUCAGAUGGAGAAAGUACUUCUACGCCAUUCGAUCAUGUUAACAGACAUUAUGGGAACUAUCAAUCACACAUCAGAGAAGAAGCCUGGAGGUGUUGAACAACCACAAGAAAAAGAAGAAAAACAACAGUCUUCACUAUUUACUUCAGAUGAACUAAAGGAGUUAAAUUUCACCACCGCAAUGGUGCGACGGAACUUUUCAAACUAUAGUGCAUGGCACCAGCGUGGGGUGAUAUUUAGAACAGCACUUCAGCGUCUUCAUAAUUUAACCGUCGUUCAUGAGAAUAAAAACUCUAAUAAUAAUAAUAGUGGUAGCAGCACGAGGGAAAUGCGUCAUAAUGAUAAUGAUAAUGAAAAAACGAAUAUUAAUCACACAAAUAAUAGUUCCACAGAGGCGGGAGAGUCCAAUUGUGGGUAUUGCACUAUAAUGAAAGAAGCAUGGUCGCAGAUAUCCACAGAUCUCUCACUUCUCAUCGCCGCUGUAUACUGCGAUCCACUCGAUCAAUCAGCGUGGUAUUAUGCCCAGUUCCUUGAACAGGCCGCCCAAUCUCUACAGAAACUUUCUAUGUGUUCUUCAUAUCUAUCUACACCGGUGGAUGUGACGGGGCAGUUGAUAAAUGCAUGUACGGAACUCAUUGCAGAAGAACAGGGGAGUGGUGAAAUGGAGUCCUCGUGGCCGCGGCUGUAUGUUUUGAAUGCAUUGAUUGCCGCCCAUAAGAAGAAAGUAGAUAACGGUGAUGAGAAGAAUAACGAUAAGAAGGAAAUCACAAUGAUCAGGAUGGUAGAUGAGUUGGCUCGCAAAGUAUAUACGGCAUUACAUCCAAAUGAUGUAUGGGAUGAGAAUAAUAAUAAUAAUAAUAAUAAUAAUAAUAAUAAUAAUAAUAAUAAUAAUAUUGAUGAUGGGAUUUACACUCGUUGUGUGAAGGAGUUGGUGACACAGUUAGUGCAGACAGAUCCCCUCCGUGCUGGAAUGUACAACAGUCUUCUCGCAGAUGCACUCAGCCCGCAGACAAGAGAAGAAGAAGAAAACACGUUGUAA